AGACAUGUAAGUGUAACAGAGAGAGAGAAAGAUCCAAGGACAGACGGCACUAAGGGGAGGGGAAAUAACACACUCUCAGUCACACCUACCCAACAGCCAUCACGCAGCCUCUGUACGAGACAGAACAGAUCUUGACAGUGAGGAAGAUGCAUGUCUACAUCAGAGGAGCAUCCAGGACAGGCCAAUAGCUCCUAAAGCUGCUGAGAAUAAUACAUGCCAAGGACUACAAACACAGAGAAAGACAGAAAGAGAGAGAGAGAGAGAGAGAGAGAGAGAGAGAGAGAGAGAGAGAGAGAGAGAACAGCAAGCCCAGAGGGAAGGACAUUUCAGAAAGGGCAAAACAGAGUGGAAGAGGCUACAAUUGCAGGUUUAUUUUGGACAUAAACAGCAAUCCUUAAAAAGCUGCCUAUUGGGGUUUCUCCACCUCUCUGCACACGGACAUCCACUCUGUCUCUUGCUGUCUGCAGAGAGCUCCCAGUGCUGCUGCUGCUGCUGCUGCUGCUGCGAGGGUAUAUAGUAUCUGCUUCUGUGCACAGCACCAGAAAAAGACUGCUUUACAGUCCGAGACCAUGAGUGAGGCGAAGAAAGGUGAGCUUGCCAUCCGGGAUAAAGCCAUCCUUCACCAGCAGAGGCGUCUGAAGCAGGCCACCCAGUUCACACACAAGGACUCAGCUGACCUCCUGCCUCUGGAUGGGCUGAAGAGGCUGGGCACAUCUAAAGACUUGCAACCUCACAGCAUCGUCCAGCGUCGCCUGAUGGAGGGAAACUUCACGCGGCUGCGAGGGGAGGCCUGGGACCCCAACGCCAGGGUUCGCUCCCCGCUGGCCGACAUGAAAGACGGACCGGCUGACACCGAAGAGAGGAGCGAGAGCACCGCCGACGACUCCACAGAGGAGAGGGAGUCUCUGGAGGAAAGCGAGAGGAGCCUACGGUCGGAUGAAGAGGACGACAGCAGCGAAGCAGGAGCCCGACAGACAGCUGAGAAGGCCGAGGGCACGGAGAGCUCGAUCCUCCUCACAGCUCUGGUUGUUCCAUGCAAGUGCUGCGAGACUGAAGUCAAGGCAUCCAUCAACACCGGCAGCCAACAUAACCACAUCUCCACCUCCUUCUGCCAGAGGCUGGGACUGGUGCCCAGUUCACCAUGUGGUGAGAGCAGCUCAGUGACUGAUCUGCAGCUGCAGCUCGGCAGACAGACGGUCCAGUGUUCCGCCUACGUCAAAGAGGAUGAGGCGUUUGAACUGUGCCUGGGUCUUCAGACUCUGUUGGAACUUAAAUGCUCCCUUGACCUGAGCACCCGGGUCCUGAAGCUGCAGGGCUGUGGCGAGGAGCUGCCUUUCCUGAACCCUUCGACCGACUGCCAGUGCCAACACGACACCAACGAGAACCUGUGAGCCCGACUCGACGGCGGCGACCACUUCCUCGAAUCUCGACCGGUUGCAGCAACGUGGCGCAAUGCCGUUUGUGUCUGGACGAGUACGAUCAGUGUCUUUCACACACUGCCAGAACAUGGAUGACCAUUCACCACCGUCAUUCUUGAGUUUACAUCAUUGUGUUUGUAGAAUUAAAACAUUCACUACGAUUAUCUCUUAUAUUAAAUUAGUCUAGUUUACAGAGUGUGAAAGCCAGUUAUGAGCCGAUCCGAUCUCUGAGAGUCUAAUAAUUUUUUAUGAUUAUGUAUUGUGUAUUGUACGUUGUGCAAUUACUCUACUGAGCUGCUUGGGUACACUGAUGCUCUCGAAAAAGGGAAAGCAUUAUAAUCAUUUAAAGUGAACUUUAGUGGAAUAUUUUGUGAUUUGGCUGUACAAUAAUUACUUUAAAUCAUCAAGUAAAUGAAAAAAGUGUUAACUGUAAAUCAUUUCAGUUUGGGACACAUGCUAGUAAAUUUUCUUACCAAGUUAAAUGAGAAGAUACCUCGCUCAUAUCUGUAGGGUAAAUAUGAAGCUACAGCCAGCAACCAGUUAGCUUAGUUUAGCAUAAAUACUGGAAACAGGGGGAAACAGCUACCAUGGCUCUGUUUUCCCCAGUUUCCAGUCUUUAUGCUAUGAUAAGCUAACCGGCUGCUAGCUGGCGCUUCAUAUUUACGGUACAGACAUGAGACAGGUAUAGAUCUACUCAUUGUAUUCUAAUCAAGAAUGUGAAUGAGGGUAUUUCCAAAUUGUCAAACUAUUCCUUUGAAAAUAAAUAUGACCCGUCUAAAAAGUGUCGGUACUCAGGAUCCCCUUUUCAGCAUGCUAAAAGGAAAUUUUAAUGUUUGUGGGAUUAGAUUUGGAAAAAGCUACAUCUUUAAAUAUGGAAGCCCAUUUCCAUCAAUGUGAUGAAAUAAAAGAUCCUGUAAGUCAUUAUAAUGAGUUAUUCUCUCAAAAUAAUAAGUUAGAAUCUCAAAAUAAUAAGUUAUUAUCUUAAAAUGAGAUACCUCAAAAGAAUGAGAUAAAUGAAAGUCAUUACU